AUGCCCACAGCUCCGUGGACUACCAAAGCGCAAUCUACUUGGCUCCAAGAACAACUGCCGGCGUACAUCCAGCAAAGCACUGGGAACAAAGACUACUUCUGGCCCGGCAUUCACAAACAUUGGUUCAAAAUGUGGCCAGAGCACGAUAUUCUGUUCCCUGACAUCCCUGGUGAUGUGCCGCUCACUGAUGAGCAGACGAAACAAGAAGUUACAGCCGAACAGCAGCGUAAAGUUCAACUGGCAACCUGGUUCCAUUGGCGGGCGGGUUCGUCCAAAAAGAAUUGCGGCUUGAAGAAGGAGCAGACUGUCUUUGAUGCUGCCCUGCGACCGAAGAUGCGUGCAAAGUCUGUCGAAGAGAUCUAUAUGGGCAUGGUCUAUGAUGAGCAGAUCAAGCCCCUCAUCAAGGCCAAGCAGGAAGCGGGCAAUGUAACCACUUCUGGUCACUGCAUCGCAUUGGGUCGAAGGUUCUCCAAGGAGCUUCUAGAAGAUGAGUCGGAUGAGGUUAAAAAGGAGGUUAAAAAGAGGUACGACGAGCAGAUAAAAGGUAGCAAGGGAAAGGGUGACAUACUGGACGACGAAGAUGAUGAAAACGACGAAAGUGAUCCUGAUGCCAUCGCAAAAGGUAUUGACGAACUGCUGAUCAUAUGCCAGCGUUUUGCACGCCUCGUCAAAAAGAAAACUCGAUUCAUUGUGUCCUUCAUGUGCGCUGGACCUGACCCAAGGCAUAAUCAAGACAUUGUUACUUUAUCCUGCCAUCCAUCGGAAACCUCUAGUGGGCGCAAUUUUGCCCACUUGUACCCUGACGAGGACUAUGCCUUCCUCGGUGCAUACCAGCAAUUCGCAGAAUCUAUAUUCUCUGUGAAGGAACAUGACCCCUUGCUGCCAGCUACCACGAAUGUCGGAGAUGGCAACAGGAGUGGGGAACUCGAAGACGAUGGCAGCGGCAAAGAGAAUGAAAGUAGCGAAGAGGAUGGAAGCAGUGAAGAGGAUGAACACAGAGAGGAGAACGAAGAAGGCACUGAUACCAUGAGCUGGGAUGACCCCCUUUAUACAAUUUCCCAGACACCUGAUGCAUCAAUCGCGUCUGAUGCAUCAAUCACACCUGAUGCAUCAACCGCACCUGAUGCAUCAAUGGCAGGCACCGUGGUGCCAGCUGGCUUUGCUGAUGCAUCACUUCAGCUUACGGGUCCUUUCUACUCUCAGUCCCAAUAUACUAAUUGGUCACUGGAUUUCCACAAUGUUAUGAUGCCUCAAGCUAGCGCGCCUCUCAGCUCAAUUCAACAAUUUGAGGCCCAGUUUUUUCAGCCUGGUCUUACCGCUACGGGAUAUCUCGGUAGCAGUACCGCGCAGAACACAUCAUUCAGCUCACCAGCUUCUUCAGGAUUGUCGCUUGCCGACUCCAUGCAUGGGUGGAAUUUCAACAAUGGCAAUUUUAAUUCGACAGGGUGGUGUUACGGGAAAGCCCGGCUUCCCAACAGUGCACUUGAUAGGGUCGAUCCCGUGUGGGAGACAUCUAGUCUCUCUUCUUUGUUGACCUCUCCAACCUCCACUGAGCGCAGUACCACAAGCCCUAGCCUCGACGAGCAACUUCCUCAAUUUGCUUAUCAGCUUCCCACCCUUCCAGCUGCCAACCCCCCUUCUCCAACUGAGACCGCACAACCUGCUGAAGUUCCCAAUUCACAGGCUGGUACCGGACGUGCUACGACCAAGUCCAAGUCCAAGUCAAAACUUCCUACAACCAAGUCUCUCACAGCACAAGCCGACAAGCCUCAUUCUGCCGCCAAAUCUAUCUCAGACACUCCCACUGUUGCAGCCACACCCACUAGAGCGAAAUUCACACCCCUGGUCAAUUCUACUGAGCCUAUCCCUGUGCCAGUGAUCACGCUUGCGAAGGCGGCCAAACCCAAGGCCAAACCGAAACCCAAAUCGAAACCCAAGGCAACUUCUGUCAAUAUUGAGUCCAGCGCAGUAAUGGAGAUGAUGCACGUUGCUGCAGAUGAAGGUAACACAUUGAGUGAUUCAACUACUAUCAAUAAUAUCGCGCAAAAACCUAUUGCGAGUCAGAUUGGAGCAGCACGUGUAUCGAAGCGUGUUCCAAUAAAAUCCAGGCAGAAUGAUAUUGCUGAUGCAAUCAGGUCUGAUGGCCUGACAUUUGUUGGUAUUGGUAGCAAGGAAAAUCCAGGUGUUUUGGAGGAGGUUGGGGGAACAUCAUCGAAGCGCGCGGCUGACUCGACUGCAGAAGGCAUGAUUCCAUCAAAGAAAAGACGAACGAAGGCGUGA